GGGCCUCGUUCCUUCUUUAGGGUUCCUCAGGUCAACGUCCCGACUGUAGUCUGGGCGAAGGCGCCUGGCGUGAACGAGCUGCAGCGCCCGGAUCUCGGGGCGGCCGGCGCGCCCCUGCGCUCGCAGCCGCUCGGGCCCGAGGGCCCUUCGUGGCCGCGCGCGCGCCCGCCACCAGAGGUGGAUAGACCUCCCGCCCUGACACGUCCAUUGGUGAGUUGGCCGCUGUCGGUUCGCGAGGAGGGCGUCGCGGCCGUCAUCUCUGCGGGUCUGGGUCCGUGGGCUUCGGUCCUGGGUCGUUUUCCCUGGAAGGAGGUGUACUGAGGGGAGGUUUCUCCACCGCCGAACUCAGUACCCUCGGCCCGCCUCGGUGUGCCAGCUCCCAGGGGGGGCUGGCGGGCGGCCCCGGCCCGAGCGAGAUGUUCCUCAGCCCGGCGGCGGCGCCGGAGCCGCGCGCGUCCAUGAGGUCCGAGGUCAGCUCCGCCUCCGCCGCCGCCGCCGCCCGCGCCCACGCCAGCGGUGCCGCGAGGGCGAGGCCGUCGCUCGCGCGGGCGCCCAGCGUCGGGCGGGCGCCCACGAGCGCGGGGGCGCAGUUCGAGAUCUCGAAGGGCCGCGAGAACGCGGUCAUCCUCCAACGCCUGGCCGUCCUCGACGACAAAGUGGACAAGAUGACGGCCAUGCUCGUGCAAACCCUCCGCGUCUCGGAGAUCGGGCACAUGCACGGCACGCACCGCAGGCCGAGCCCGGCCAGCGUCUCCAACGACGGCACCGUCGGGGCCGACGACGGCGCUCUGGCUCCGCUCCCGGCCUCGCCGUCCACGAGCCCGUCGAGGAGGGCCUGCCAGGCUCCGCCUGGCCAGGUCGGCGAGCUCGAGGACGGGGUCCUCCCGGGCGAGCCAGACAGAACCGACGAGGACGCCCGGCCCCAGCCGCCGGCGAGGCCGCGCCCGGACCCGCCGCCGACCAUCGUCACCGUCCCGAGGCCCCCGAGGAUGCGGCGGCAGCUCUCCUCGGCGAGCGUCGCCUCCCGACUGACCCGGAGGUCGGCGUCGAGCGGCUCGUGCUCCGCCUUGGGGAGGAGCUCGGAGAAGGAGGGUGACCUUAUCGACCCGCUCGACUCUCAGGCGCUAGGGGUGAAGCGGACGAGCUCUUUCAUCAAGAGGGCCUCGGCCAUGUUCGAGCGCAGGAGUCGGAAAGCGGACUGGUGGUGGAACGUCCUCUCGAGCGACGCGACCGUAUCCGCCAGAAUAUGGGCUCGAGGUUGGUGCACCUUCGUGUGCCUGUGCACGCUGCUGACCCUGUCGCAGUCCUGGGGGAGCAGCAGGCCGGUGGUUGGCCCCACCGUCUCCGCGCUCGAGGUGCUAGCGGAGAGCGUCUUCUUGCUAGAGCUCUCCGCUCGGUUCGUGACCUGCCCAGACAAGUCGUCCUUCGCCUGGAGCUUCUUCAACAUCGUCGACCUCAUCUCCGUCUGCCCGCUCGUGCUCCGGGCGGCCACCAGGUUCGAGCCUCCGGUCAGAAUGGACCCCUCGAGCGCCAUCCGAUUCAUUCUCAUGUUCUUCGUCCCGACCUUCAGGCUGAUGAAGAUCCUCAGUAAGCAGCAGUUGCAGUUGCAGAUUUUCCAGUCUGUCGUGGACAAGGUCAGGGAGAGUAUGGUGUUUCUCGGCUUCGUGGGCGUCACCAUUGCUAUCACAGCUGCCUCGCUGUUGUAUUUGGUCGAGCCCGAGGACAACAUCGAGUCGUACCCCCACGCCUGCUGGCUCACCGUUGUCAGCAUGACAACGUUGGGCUACGGCGACGUCUACCCCGUCAGCGAUUGGGGCCGCUUGAUUCUUUCUUUCUUGAUGGUGUUCAGUGCCGCGUACAUGGCGAUGCCCAUCGGCGUCCUCGGGAACGCUUUUUCAUCCGUGUGGCAGGACAGAGACCUGAUCCUGCUCGUCGAAAGGACGAAGCGCACGCUCGCGGAGUGGGGCUACACCGUGAACGACCUCCCGCUGCUUUUUGAGCGUUAUGACAGCGACGAUGACGGGGAGCUGGAUUUGGCAGACUUCUUUCAUAUGAUGCAGGAUCUGCAGGUGAACCUGCGCGACGAGAGACUUGUGGACCUGUUCGAGAUUUUCGACAAAGACCGGGGCGGAACAGUAGACGACAAAGAGUUUAUGCACGUGGUCUUCCCACGAGCUUGGCACGCAUGGAUCCACAAGGAGCAAGAAAAGGAACUUUCAAGCGAUACGAAGCAAACUUCUCCGGAGCAGGCGGAUGGCCAGCCGACGGCAUCGAGUGAUGUUCUCAGAGUGUUUGAUGCUCCUCACCCGUCGAACAGCGUCGCAAAGGCGAUGCAAGGCGCCAGGCAGCCCAGCAAGACAAAUGAGACUGAGAUUUUCCGUGCAGAUGCUCUGGUGGAUAAAAGUUAUACCCAGUCCGGUGUGCACGAGGUCUGGGCCUGACAUAUCCUUCCAUGACUUCUGCCAUAUCGCCGGCGGCGGCGGGCUCCGCCCCUCUUGGGCCGCUCGGCGCAGUGGCUGCCCUAGCCGAGCGCGCGCCCAGGUGCGCUUUUCCUCAGCUAGGUGUCCUCCUCGUUCUCCUCCUCCUCCUCUAACUUGUCCGCUUCCCUUCCCCUCCCUCCCAUCUCUCAUCUCUUGCCCCCUCCCCCCUCUCUGGACUCCAGGGAGUUGCCCCUCUCGCCGCCGGGUGGCUCCCCGCAUAUCGCGCGUGCGGAGCAGCCUCGGCGGCCUUUGGGGCCCGCCCGUGGUGCCUCCUGCGGGGUGGCACCGCGUCUGCGCCGGGACCCGUUUGUGCCCGCCGCACAUCGCGCGUGCUCCAGAAAAGUCGGGGGCGGCGGCGGGGACGAACAGCCCAGGAGCGGGCGCUGCGCGCCUUCGCGGGGGAGCCCGGCCGAAGGCUCCUGGGCCAUCGGCGCCCCUGGGCGCACGCGUGUGCUGCUCUCCCCUGGGCUGUCCGCCUCCACAGUCACC